UGCGACAAAAUAGUUCCGGUUUCGUGGCGAAUUUGGCUAAAUCUAGAACUUAGACAAUCAAUAGGUCGUCAGAAUUCCUAGGCUAGACAGUCCGGCGUCAUUUCAGAUAUUUCGUUAUGCUUCCCAUCAUUUACUUACUUAUAAAUUAUAAUAUAUUCAAUAAAAGAUAUUACGUUACUAAUAAAAAUAUCACUUAUAUAUAAUAAUACUUUAAUUGAUUAGACAAUCAAUCUUCAUUGUAACAAAUCUAUUUCUGUACUAAGCCACUUAUAUGAUAUUGCUUUAGUAAUUGAAUUAAGCAAUCAUAAUAAAAAUGGUCAUAAAACUACUUCAAUAGCAAUCACAAGUAAACUGAUCAUAUUAUAAUCUACCCCGGAUUUAUGUGGAGACUGCCUGGUGUUAAUUUAUAGCGUCUUCCAGUCUUGAUGAGAUAAUUGCAUUAAGUAGCAACUCUCUUAUAUUAAACGCGGUUCAGUGAACCAGCCUUAUGAGAUAAAAAUGUAAAUAAAUCACAAUUACAAAGGAAACUAUAAAGGAAGUAACUUUGUAUUGGAUACAGUGAGAAAGACACGUCACCGAUUGAAAUGAGCCGGCCAAGUUGAAACUGGCGCUAUGAUCGCUAAUAGUGCACUCUCGCCAAAAUGGCCGACGAGGAAAAACUGCCUAUACCCCCAACUUUUCUGGAGAAAGUCCUCUUCUACACAACAGCAACGUUCGUCCUGCUCGCUAUCUUCAGCCUCUUCGCUUUUCUCUUCUUAGUUCCGUUUGUCAUCGAACCGGCCUUCACCACCAUAUUUAUGCAAUUCGACCCGGUGGCUGCGCUAUGUGUCACCGCUCAAGUGAAACAUUUAGUCGGAGUAAGCAACUGUACGUGGGCCUCCUGUAGGGAAGGAUGCACGAAAGACUUGUACGAAUGCACUCAGAUAAGGGUCAACUAUAAAUUGGGAUACGCUCCUAAUAUAACAGCUACGGAAUACGAGAACCUCAUUCGUGUGGAGAGAUCUUUGAGGAAGGACUACGAUUACGAAAACUACGGAUCGCCUUUAGAAAAUAACUAUCCAGAUAUGGAGGAAAUUCCUGAACCGAUACCAACAGGGUUGAUGGGGAACGAUUCAGAAUGGUACUUCACUGGUGCCCGAUUGUUCCCCAACGUUAAGGGCUGCGGUUACCCUCCUAUUCUCAACUGCACAAUAUUCUAUGGCAAAUACAAGCCACUUGGUACCAAUUACUCCUGUUAUUAUAGCAGAGUUGAUCCCGGACUGGUUAUCACAGAGCUUGACAUGUGGCAGAAUACUUUGAAUUUGGUCUAUGCUAUGGCCAUACCGAUACCAUCUUUCAUAAUUUCUGUGAUAUACUUAACGUUCGCGUAUUUUAAAAUUUAUAAUACUGAAGAAGAAUCUGAGCAAGCACCGUUACAGAGCGAUGCUGAAGCUAUGGCUACCGGAGAUGAUGGUAAGCCAACAACACCAGGUUCGGAUACCUUCAGGGAAGACUUGGCGUGUUUCGGUCACCAGUUGAAGAUGCAGUUGGCUAACGAGAAGCCAAAAGAGGGUUUCGAAUCGAACAGCCCUCCGAUUUCCAAUUCUGCUUCGCUGUCUGGGACCAAGUCGUCUUUCGUCAACGCCUAAUGAAAUUCACACAGAUGACAGGACUCCUGAAGAGGGAUCGGUUACAAGGUGUACCAUGAAAUGAUAUGAACAAUUCGUGCUAACUUUACAAUAUAAUCGAGCACUUUUUACAGGACUGUGGUCAUUAUUACUCAAUUUGUGGCUUAAGCUUGCCGCUUUGAAAAUCGGUCGUGGCUAAUCGAUAGCAGUGUAUUGUUAAAUUUAUAUUUUAUAAUGCGUUGUGAGCGACGGGGGUUUUUCGUGACAACAUAUUAUAUUAAAUGUUGAGUGUUGAUUUCGGAUGUCGCUUGUUAUCGAAGCCAGCUUGUUUAAAUCUCUUUCUAUACGGUAUUUAAAUUCCCUUUUGAAUUUUGCUGAUUGUAUAAAUUUACACGUACUAAUUGUUUGUAACGAAAACUAUUUAUAAGCUUAGAGAAGACAAUUGUUACCUUUUGAAAUUCUAAACGUAAUUCGUCCACUGUUGUAAAUGAGAUUGUGAACUUGGUGGAAUCUGUUUUGCAAAUGUUAUAAUGUUUAAAAAGUGUUUUUUAUCCCAAAUGCAGAGUUUUGCUCAAAAAAAAAUUUGUAUUUCUUUAACAUUCGACACGUGUUGUCACGAAAAUCUUGUAAGGUAGAUUAUAAAAAAUAAACAUCACAUUGUUUAAGACGUCUCUUGUAUGCUGGUGGGGUAUAUGCACGCGUCCUGGUUAUAAUUAUUUAAAUAAAUAAAUAUGUAAACCAUGGUUUCGAAAUUAGGAAAAGACAAUGAAAGUUUUCGUUUUUAUUUUUAAUCUAGAAAUGGCGUUUUUUAAAUUCUUUCUAUUUAUUUAUAUCGAACUAGAAAGAUAUAUUUUUGUUUAUAUAAAAACAAAUAAUUAAUGUAUGUGAUAAUACAUCAAUAAAAAGAAAAAAUAAUUUCCUAUCAAUAGGAAAUUAGUGUAAAAAAAAUUUGAAACAUUAUGAUACUAAACUAUUUGUAAACGGAAAUUAUAAAAUAUAAAUGUUCUAUAACAAAAUUAUAUGUCAGUAUGCUUAGCACGAGUUUGUCUCGUCAUACUGUGUACGAAGCUUUUCCCGUUUCUCAUUCAAUAACCUACGUCAAUACUAUAAUGUGACAUCAUUUAUAAUGUUAACUAUUAAAGCUCCGUAUGUAUGUGACAAUGCAAACUUGGGGUAACAUCCUGUGUAUACGUGAUAUGAAUUACCCAAACAUUAAUUUUGUCCACAAACUAUAUUAUAUUCCUCCGUUAUAUAAUAUAUAUACAGAGUGUUCUCUCGAUACACGAUAUUUGUCCGAUGGAUUAUGAUAUGAUGUAUACAGCGUGUUCUAUCAAUACAUUGAUGUUAUAUUCAAUCAAUUAUCGUCCCGUACGUACAGUAUCGAUUCUUCCGUCCCAUGCUUAUACGUUUAAAAUAUUCAUCGAUACAAUUCAUGUCCAAAGACAUCCGAACCUUAAUAUAGAACACCCUAACCAGAAACAUUAACGGAUUUCAUAAUAAAAGUAACGACAGUUACGUUUGUUUAAACCGAAAUUGAUAUAUCUCUAAACAUAAUGCAAAUAUUCAGAUAUUAUAAAUUAGAAAAAAGGGUCAUAGAUACUACAUAAGGUAGACUGUAAUCGUAACGAACUCGGAAAAUAACUUCAAAUAAUUAAUAACUUCUCCGGCUUGAUACGUUACAUGAAUAAUGAAUUAUGAUUUAGAAAGAGAAUUUGAAUGCUUAAGACGCUUUAAAGGUUGUAAUUGAACGCUUCAGAUAAAAAUAAAUGCGUAAAAAAAAAUAUACUAAAAUGUACAUAACGAAAAAGGCUUGUGAAUAUUGCAUACGUUAGAAUUAAAGGCGGUGCGAAAUAUAAUAAUUUUAUUAAUUCACGUCUAAGCUUUGCUGAUAUGCUUUAAAUUUGUUUAUUUUCUACAAUUCCUGUUGUUUUCUAAAUAUUUAUUGAAUAAUAUCAUUCUUGGUGUAUAUUAAUUUAUAAGAUUUUUAAUAUUUCAAUGUCAUCUUAUUGUGAGAUCAAAUUCUAACAGUUUUAUUUUAUAUUAAUAUGAAAUGUACGUUUCAUAAUAAAUUGAUAGUUAAUGUAACUAAUUAUAAGGUUAUUUUUAAGUGAUAAAAAAAAUAAAAAAUAAUAAUCUAAAAAUUCGCUUAGACUGUGGAAAUUAUAUGAUGAUUAGUUAGAUAUUGCAAAGUACCCACGCACAUUUAAGUAGAUAAUAUAAUAAAAAAAAAUAUUAUGAAUAAGAUGAUAAUUGUCAUAUUAUAUUAAAGAUGUUUUGUGACGACGGCACAAAGUUAUUCAAACCAUUCAUAUGCCACAUUAAAUUAUAUUUAAAUUUGUCAAUUCUCAUCUGAACUAUGUAUUGCAAUAUGUAGAUAUAUUCAUUUCAAUUAAUUUUGUCCUCACUUCAUAUACAAUUAAUUUUUAUUUAAUGAAGUGCCUCUCAAGUAACAAUAUUUCUUUAAUUUUUUAUAUAUACUUGAUUUCUCUAACACAAUAUUGUUUUAUAGAUUAAGUGAUCGAUAAGCAAUUAGUCAAUAUCACCCUGAAAUUCAAGUCAAAUUAAUUUAGUGUUUAUUUUAAUAUAUAAUUUCGGUUGUGACAUUUAUUUAACAAUACAUUAUUUAAAUGCUGAUAAUGUUUGUUGCUUUAUUCCCAUUAAAAAAAUUUUGAUAAAUAAAAUUUUAUCACAUAAAUUAUAUAAUUAAUUAAAUCAAUAAAUGUUGAAAUGUAAAUAUUUAUAAUGAUAUAUAUUUUAUUUAAAUUAUAUUUGCUUAACUGUGACGACUGCUAUUAUAAUUGUUGUGAUAGAAGUUUAAGUUUAAACAUUGAUGGAAAUGUAUUGUGAAGUAUCAUCUGUAAUUGGUUUUGCGAACAAAUGUCUAUUAACCUUAAGGAACAUGUAUUUCGAUCGUAUUGUUAAAGCCAUCACAAGUCUUGUAUCCUCGCCUGUUGUAAUCAAUUGUUUGGGAUAUGAUCUAAAUCACAUGCAAUACACACGACACUGCCAAAAAUGUGGUAACUUUUUCUGAUCUAUGUCCUGUCCACCGAUAAUUAAUUAGCACUACACUGUACACACCAACGAAAUUCUAAAAUCAGCACUCACUGAUACAUGCAUAUGUAAUGUCAGUUUCAAAAACCCUUUUUGAAAAUCAAAUGACAUUUUGUUGUGAUACUUCAGAUUUAAAUACUUUUAUUUUUUUCUGUUCAUAAUGAUCGCCGUAUAAAAUCUCGUAGUUAUAAUUUUCUCAGCUUGUGCCUAGUGUUGAAAACACCAAUUUGGCAGAUAAUAUUAAAUAUUAUAACGGUAGAGGGCACAAACGUUUAAAUCGUUUAACAUAAUAUUUGUUGUUGCCAUCGUUUGAGAACAGCAAGUAAAAAAAUGUCAUUAUAGAAAUAUAAUUUUAAUUAAUGAAUAGGUUAAUAAAAUAUUUUUUAAAUGUCAUGAAAUGUUGUUUUAUAUAUACUUUAUAUUUUAUAAGUUUAGACAAUUUAUUUGUAUAUUAUGCCGAUGUGCAUAUAGUAUAUAUAACAUGCUAUUCACGCGUCGGUAAACUUUGAAAACUUUGAGAUGUUGGAACACUUUAUUUAUAAGUUGCGAGAUAAUCUAAUCUAUAUUUACUUUGAACUCAUGUCAUUUUAGUACGUGUGUAAAGCAAUACUUUUGUGAGGCUAACGCGUUAUUCUUCAUAUAAAGCAUUUCCAUUCAUUUCGUACUGAUGCCUUAUAACCGUUUUGUAUAUAAAAUAUAAAUGAAGAUUAGUAGAAAAUAUUAAAUUUAUUGGCUUCAAA